GUAUUAACCUUUUCUCCCUUGCUCAGUUAAGUAGUUGAUGACAUUUCUCUGAUGUUUCGCACGUGACUUUAUUACGCUCUAGUCGAAUUAUCUCAUUUAGAAAACAAACAAUAAAUAAUAAUUUUGUGUUCCAUGAUAAUUUCAUCAAUUUACUUGGGCCUUCCUUAAUGCAGCACUUGUCCUAUUGGCGUUUGCUGGCUCCGUUGGAAUGACCCUAGUCAUCCUAGGAUGCGCCCUCCCACAAUUCAGCAACUGGUUUCCGCUGCUCGUGUUAAUAUUCUACUGCUUAGCUCCAAUACCAACUCUCAUUGGUCGUCGGUACAAUGAUUCUGGAUCCAACAACUCGUGCAUGGAAAUGGCGAUUUUCCUAACUAUGGGAAUUGUGGUGUCAGCCUUUGCCCUGCCUAUUGUGCUAGCUAGAUCUCCAGUCGGUGCCCCAACGAUUGAGUGGGGCGCGUGCUAUCUUGUAUUGUCUGGCAACGUGGUGGUGUACCUGACCAUGCUUGGCUUCUUCAUCACAUUUGACAACGAAGAUCUCGACUACAGUAUGUGGUGAUUGCAGAGCGCCCCCUUUCCUGUCAUCUGAAUGCCGCGAGCAAAGUGAGACAUGCGUAUGUGACUUGUAGUGCGUGAGUGCGUCUGUCUAUUUGAAUGAGUAAGCAUAUUCCUCCUGCCUUUGCUUGAUUUUGUGUUAUCUCUUGUGCAAAUUUUGGGCAAUUAUCAAACUCGAUUCAUUUGAGUAGGUUUUGUACGCGUCUGUCCCUCAAGAGAAAAGAUCAUCUCAAGAAUUUCAAGAUAAUACAUAUAUAUAGUCCUCAAACUCUAAUGUAAUAUUAGCUGAAAAGACUUCAACACUUUCUUAAUCGAUAUGAAGAAAUGUUAAACUUACAAUUAACUCUCUUUGUGUACACCUUAAUGUUUAAGAUCCGUUCAAACAACGCUUUUAUAAUUUUUGUUCUGCUAUUGUAAGAAAUUUAUCACAUUAAAAUAAAAUGCAAUUUUGCUGGUGAAUAUCA